AUGUCUACUGUACCGCCUCAACCGCCGCACUUUGACCGAUACGUCGUGAUUCAUGUAGCCACUACAUGCGACGAGCACGGCGUCUAUGUCACCAAGGACUCAGCCGAGGUUAUCGAGCUUGGAUGGAUUGAGCUUGACGCCAAGUCACUGGAAGAGCUUCACCGCGAGAGUGUGCUCGUGAAACCGAUCAACACGCCCAUCACGCCUCUAUGCACGAGCCUAACGACCCUCACCUGGGAGCAUGUCCGUAAUGCGGGAACGUUUCGAGAUGCGAUCAACCGGUUCGAUGCAUUUGCGAGUGAACACUUGACGAAUCAAAAUUUGGAUUUCGUCUUCGUCACACUCGAUGCCUGGGAUCUCCGCGUCCAGCUUCCCCGUGAAGCUCGGGACAAGGCUGUCGUCCUCCCGCCUUACCUGCAACACUCGAGGACUUUCGAUCUCCGUACCGAGUAUCAGCGCUGGCAACAACACCACCCCGAAUCGCUACCGUUCGGCCCUAGCAUGCUCUCUAACAUCUGCGCAGCGCUUGAGGUUGAGCCCGUACAAUCGAGCGCCCCGAUCAAGCACAAUCUCCCUUUCCACCUGCAGGCCCUCGCCCCUGCCUCGCCUCGCCGUGCUAUGGAAGAAGCCAUCACUCUGGCGCGUGUGCUUCGCGGUCUCAUUCGCAAGUCGCAGCCUGCCCACGAACACCCUGAUGUGCUGACGAGGCCCAUGGAUGCCCGUGCUGAUGUUCGUGCUUUCCUCUCGGAGCGCAGCAAGGUUUUGCACAUGUCUGGUCUGCCCCAUGACACCACUCAGUCCGAGCUCGAGAGCUGGUUUACGCAGUUUGGUGGAAGGCCUAUCGCUUUCUGGACCUUGAGGACACCGGAACAGCACAAGCCAACUGGAACCGGCUUUGCAGUCUUCUCAUCUCACGAAGAGGCCGCCGAGAGUCUUUGCAUGAACGGACGCGCUUUGAACGAAAAGGCCAUUGAGGUGUCUCCCUCCUCCAGCCGAGUUCUUGACAGGGCUGCUGAAAUCUUGACGCCGUUUCCUCCUAGCAAGAAUCGCCCUCGACCUGGUGAUUGGACGUGCCCCUCCUGUGGCUUCUCAAAUUUCCAGAGACGCACUGCUUGUUUCCGCUGUUCUUUCCCAGCUGUCGGCGCUGGUGGUCCUCAAAAUGAGAUGAGCAGCUAUGGUGGUGGUGGAGGCGGCAGUGGCGGCUAUGGCUACGGCGCUCCUCCCAUGAUGCCUCCUCCUCACCACGGCGGGCACCACCACCACCACGGCGGUAUGGGUCAUGGCGGUGGUCGGAUGGGUGGAAGUGGUGUUGUUCCUUUCCGGGCUGGCGAUUGGAAGUGCGGUAAUGAGGUCUGCGGCUACCACAACUUUGCCAAGAACGUAUGCUGUCUCAGAUGUGGUGCCAGCCGCGCCGGCGCCGCUGUUGUUGCGGACUCGGGAUAUCCUUCCCCAAUGGACAGUGGAUCAAACUAUGGUAUGGGCUCGCACUCUGUUGGCGGCACUCCCGGACCCGGCCCUUACGCAUCUGCUGGCGGCCCCUUUGGCGGAGCUGGUGGCGGCUACGGCCAGCACUUUGGUGGUCCACCCAGUACUUAUGCCCUGCCAUCCGGCAUUGGCGGCGGAGCCGCUCCUUACCCAUCAGCCUUGAACACUCACAUUGGUGGCCCUGCUCCUGGUUCCCACUCGGCUGGCCCCUUUGACAGCCGUGCUGCCGAGGCUGCUUUCCAGUCUGCCGGUAACGGCCCUGCAUCUGCCGGCCCUUCCAACAACUUCUUUGGCUCACAAGCCGAGAACGACCCCUUUGCCUUCCUAUCGACUGGAAUUGGUGGUCUUACCGUUAGUGGAGAUGCUCGCCAGAAUGGUUCUGGCGCUGGCGGUCCACAGAGCAAGUCUCCUGCUGCCUAG